AUGGGGAACCUGUUUGUGCUCUGGGCAGCUGUGGGCAUAUGCUGUGCCACAUUCAGUGUCUCCGCCUGGUCAGUGAACAAUUUCCUGAUAACAGGUCCCAAGGCUUAUCUGACCUACACAACUAGCGUGGCCUUAGGUGCCCAGAGUGGCAUUGAGGAGUGCAAGUUCCAGUUUGCUUGGGAACGCUGGAACUGCCCUGAAAAUGCUCUCCAGCUCUCCACCCACAACAGGCUGAGAAGUGCCACCAGAGAGACUUCCUUCAUACAUGCUAUCAGCUCUGCUGGAGUCAUGUACACCAUCACCAAGAACUGUAGCAUGGGUGACUUCGAAAACUGUGGCUGUGAUGAGUCAAGAAAUGGAAAAACAGGAGGCCAUGGCUGGAUCUGGGGAGGCUGCAGCGACAAUGUGGAAUUUGGGGAAAGGAUCUCCAAACUCUUUGUGGACAGUUUGGAGAAGGGGAAGGAUGCCAGAGCCCUGAUGAAUCUUCACAAUAACAGGGCCGGCAGACUGGCAGUGAGAGCCGCCUUGAAAAGGACCUGCAAAUGCCAUGGCAUCUCCGGGAGCUGCAGCGUACAGACAUGCUGGCUGCAGCUAGCUGACUUCCGGGAGAUGGGAGACUACCUGAAGGCCAAGUAUGACCGGGCACUGAAAAUUGAAAUGGAUAAGCGGCAACUGAGAGCUGGGAACAGUGCCGAGAGCCACUGGGCACCCUCUGAGGCCUUCCUUCCUAGUGCAGAGACGGAACUGAUCUUUUUAGAGGAAUCACCAGAUUACUGUACCCAUAAUUCCAGCCUAGGCAUCUAUGGCACAGAGGGUCGUGAGUGCCUACAGAACAGCCACAACACAUCCAGGUGGGAGCGAUGUAGCUGUGGGAGCCUGUGCACUGAGUGUGGACUGCAGGUGGAAGAGAGGAGAACUGAGGUCAUAAGCAGCUGUAACUGCAAAUUCCAGUGGUGCUGUACGGUCAAGUGUGACCAGUGUAGGGAUAUGGUGAAGAAGUAUUACUGCUCACGCUCCUCAGGCAGUGCCCAGUCCCUGGGUAAGGGCAGUGCCUGAUAAUACCCCACACACGUUCACUUGGUUGUGUCAGUGGAAGGGGACAUAGCUUCUCUCUCAGACAGAACAGAUUGGAAAGCAACUGGAAAAUCACAGUGUUGGUCUGUAGUCCUCAUGGUAUCUGCUAUUGGUGGUGAAAUGUAGGCCCAGGAUUCCACAGCAUAUUCCUGGCAGGGCUGAAAUGGGAACCUGGGCCUCCUGACUUUGGCAGACCCCCAUUUCAUCUUUCCUGCAAGCUACUUUCCCGUCUUUGCACCUGUACUUACGCAGCUUGCCACAGGGAAAGUUUGGUUUGGGGUCCCUAUCUAGAGGGACCCUCGAAGUAUUUGUUCCUUUAAAUUUCAGACCAUGUCCAACCCAGUGUGCUGCUGGGAAUCAGGAGAAUAAAAGCAAAAAAUGAGAGUUCUGUUCAGACUCCUGAAGGGGUAGCCUGUGGCUAGCUCCAGACCAGCUACAAACAAAUCCAUGCUGAUAAAUUAGGUAAAGACCACAUAUCUGCCUACUGGGAAGUUUUUAGAGUGUUAGAUUUUUCACCCCACAUAUGAAAUUUUGAAAAGUUCUUCCUCCAACCUGAACAACAUAGGAAGACAUCAUCUCUACACAAAAUUUAGAAAUUGUCAGUCCGGGCACGGUGGCUCACGCCUAUAAUCCCAGCGCUUUGGGAGGCCAAGGCAGGUGGAUCAUGAGGUCAAGAGAUCGAGACCAUCCUGGUCAACAACGUGAAAUGCCGUCUCUACUAAAAAUACAAAAAUUAGCUGGGCAUGGUGGCGCAAGCCUAUAGUCCCAGGUACUCGGGAGGCUGAGGCAGGAGAAUUGCUUGAACCCAGAAGGUAGAGGUUGCAGUGAGCCGAGAUCGCACCAUUGCACUCCAGUCUGGGUAACAACAGCGAAACUCCGUCUCAAAAAUAAAAAAUUAAAAAAAAAUUGUCCUGGCAUGGUGGCAUUUGCCUAUAGUCCUAAAUACUUGGGAGGCUGAGAUGGGAGGAUCACUUGAGCCCAGGAGACUACAGUGAGGUGUGAUUGCAUCAUUACACUUCAGCCUGGGCAACAGAACUGAGACCCUGUCUCAAAAAAAAAAAGAAAGAAAAAAGAAAAAAAAGAAAGGUAAAAGAAAAUAAUUUCUUCCUGCUUAAGCCUGGGGAAACCAGCACCCAGUAUAACCUGAGGGUUUUUGCAGCUCAUAAACCAUCUCUGGAGCCAUGGAAAGGGACUCGUGGCAGUAAGCGGACAGGAGACUAUGACUUACCCAGACAAAGUCCCAUAAGAGUGAUGUUCCCUAGAGAGCUAGGGACUGCUUGGUUAUUUUCCCAGAUUGAGAACUCAGCUUUAUUUCACAAUAAAUGCUUCUAGGACAUAUCCAGCUGGGACUUCUAUUGCUCCCUUUGGAAACCUUAAGAUUAGAAAGGGGAUAAGAAACCCUGCUUCUCUCUCCCAAUAAUCAGCCAGGAUAAAGGGGAAGCUAGAAAUAUCCAACUCCCUUGAUUUGGCAGAUAAUAAAAAAUGGAGACCCAGACACUGGUCAACAGGAAAACAAUACAGACUCCCAGAGAUAGAAAAUGUUAUUUUAAUGGGGAGUAAGGAAGCCCUUUGAACUUGAGCCAUAUUCAAAGUGUGUUUGAUCUCUUAACUUGGGCAUCCUGGGGUGUCUGUACACCAAGGGGAAGAGACAAGGGGAAUUGUGGAUUCUACCUACCUGCAUUUGCACUUCUGCAUCUUCCAGUGGCAAUCUUUGGAGGAGGGGUAGUUUCCCAUAAAGAGAGCCCCGGGAGCUUACCCACUGGUUUCCUAAAUCUGAGUAUCUCAUCCUUCGGAAUCUCUGCUGUCUGCACAGACCUUACACCAUGCUGGGAGGAGAUAUUUUGAAUAUGUUGAGUAAAAAGUAAAAAUAAUCACCAAGAACGGGAAAACACCCCUAGCUUAUUGUUUUAAAUUAGAAAACAAUUUCAGUGUUCAAAGUAUGAUGAACAAGUAAAUCAUGAACUUAAAGUAGACUAUUAACCACUAAAAUAUUCUUGAGAAAUACUUAGCAACAUGGAAAACAUGCAUGAUAGAAGGGAACAAUGCCGAUUACAAAAUGGUAUGUUCAGAAUGAAUCCAAUUUUGUUGUUAAAAAUGUGCAAACAUUUGCCAUUAUGUGAUACCAAAAUAGAAUGGUUUGUUUUCCUUUUGCGUUUUUCUAUAUUUUUACAUUUGCCUAACAAUAAACAUUUUUUGUCAUCAG